AUGGCUGCCAGGGAGCCAUCUAGAUACCUGGCAAGGGCUGUGCCUAGGGUAUUACCGCCAUCAUCUCGCCCACACGCGUUUCUAGGUCGCCGCAAUGCUUCCGACAAGGCCCCCGAGAGACGUUUGUCCAGCGAACUGAACGAGCUAGAGUCCGAAUCCUCGCUGGCCACACGCGUCGAUGAGAAGAUGGCCAAGUCAUUUGACCCAGCCGCCCGGGCCAAAGCACGCAAGACCCAACUCCCACGCGGUCGAUACCAAUUCCGCUCACCAAAAUACUAUCGGGGCCCUCUCCACCCUAAUCAACCACCGCCUCCCUCAGACCCAUCCUCUCGUCUCUACGUCCCAGGUCCCUUCUCUCUCCCCCGUGCCAAGCAGACGUAUGACUCGACCAUAGCCUCGGACAUCCUGACCCUGUGCUACGUGCACAACCCCCCAGGCUUCAAGCCACCUCCCAAGGCUCCCCGUCUGCGCGAGUGGGAUGACUCCUCACCGUACCACAAGAACCGUCCCCUCCGUGGCCCUCGCGGCGGUGACGUCUUGCGCUUACUUCGUAAGCCCAUUGCCUUCAAUAACAUCCCGGAGAUCAAGCGUAUCACAAUCCACAGCUACGUGAAGGACGCCGCAGGAGGCAAUUCGUCAUGGCUGCACGUCGCCGGUAUGGCUGUUCAGGCCAUCUCCAACGUGCGCGUCGAGACCUUCCGAAGCAAGGCCAGUGUUUCCGGCUGGGGUCUUGUCCCUGGCCGUGACGCCGUUGCGGUCAAGGCUGAGCUACAGGGCGAGACUAUGUACCAUUUUCUGAGCAAGCUGGUUGAUGUGGUUCUCCCCCGUAUCAAGGACUGGCCUGGUGUCAAGGGAAGCAGUGGUGACAGCAGCGGUAACAUUACCUUCGGUCUGGACCCGGAGUAUGUUGCUUUGUUCCCUGAAAUUGAGGUGAACUAUGAUAUGUACCCUCCCAAGAUGAUCCCCGGUUGCCAUAUUACUCUUCACACCAGCGCCACUGCGGACAAGGACGCUCGUCUCUUGCUGAGCGCCACGGGUAUUCCUUUUUACGGAAAGAUUGUGCAUUAA